AUGUUAUUCAAUAGGAGCACUGGCACUACCAUAUUUACCGAUUUCCCGUGUUUGACGCUUCAGGGGACGCCCUCUGUUGUCCCGUUACCGGGCCUCAUUUACAAGAUUGCCCUCGAAAGGGCUGUCGGGGAUCGAAUACUGGGUUAUUACAAGAGCAGUGAUCGCUACCAGCCUCAUUUCCUUUUGACUGAGACUACAGACUACGACAAGGAGUCCGCCAAUAUCAGCCCCGAUUCUAUAAAGUCCUUGGAAAAGUUUGGACAGAGGUUCAGCCACGAUGAUGCAACUAAUCCACUGUACUUAUGUUUGAUCCCAGCUCAAAGUGAAAAUAUAUCAGUGGGUUGUGUUUGCAAGAUUGUCGGAGUGCUUACAGAGGAGAGGAUGGUGACUGUAUCGUUCAAGGCACUUGCACGGUCCACCAUCAAGACGCCAUUGCUGAACUCUGGAAAUAGCAUUUGGACAAGUGAUAUCUUGGUUUGUGAUGAUACAGCUUUGGCCAGUAAUAUGAGAGAUGAGCAAAAGCAGCAAGCGGUCACAGACUUUUUCGGACUUUUUCAACAGCUUGAUGAUGCAAUCGUCUCCUUCAAGAGGAAAUACAAGAAAUCUUGCAGAAGAGGCUCCUCGCAGCAUUUAUUAUUACUUUCGCCGCUAUCAAAUACUCUCUUUUUUCAGUUGGACAAGUCGCAGUUCACUAAAGCUUGGGCCACUAUUUCAGCCCUCAUCAAUGAGCUCAAGUCACAAUCGAAUGAGCAGUCGCCGUCAUCUACCAUGAGCCAAAUGAGCAGCUUAAUGGAUUUGACUGUUGCUGUGCUCCCUACCACACCCAAGCAGAAAGUUGAGUUUCUAAAAAAUCAACUUAUGCUUGAUAGAGUGCAGCUGUUCCGUCGAAUGGUCGAACAGUUCCGCCAGAUUUUCGAAACUCUAUACUCCUCAACGGAGUAUGUUCAAAGGUAUUUCUCAGAAGCGUCAAAUCUGGAGAAAUCACGGCUUAUUGCGAAUCAGCUAAAGUCGCUGAGGUUCUUUAUUGAAGAUGUUAAGGCGCAGAAUAGGCUGUUGCCGGUUUCCAAUCAGGUCAAAAAGCAUCAAACGCAGAGAUCUGUACUCCGCUCUUCUUCCAGAAGUCGCGAGGAAGAUAACGAGAACGAUAAUAAUGAAGAUGCUGGAGAGAACGAUGAAGACGAUGAAGACGAGAUUGAAAAACUGGAGAGUUUUAUCAAAAAUCUAAAAAAAUAUGGAGUUCAUGAAGAUGGUAUCAGAACGUUAAGAAAGGACUUUAAGAGGUUCAGAAGAACUAACCCACAAAGCGCCGAGUAUCAAGUACUGCGGAGCUACUUUGACGUCAUUUGCGAUAUUCCCUUUGGUAGAUAUUCGCAAUGCCAGAAUUUAGACCUUGAAAAGGCACGUCGGAAACUUGAUGAGGAUCAUUACGGUCUACCUCUAGUAAAGAAAAGACUGGUGGAGUAUUUGUGUGUUAGGGACCUAAAUACAAAUGCCAAGUCGGAUGGAGGUCUUGAGACCCAGGGAAAGGCUCCAAUUCUUUUGCUUGUAGGUCCGCCAGGGGUUGGUAAAACAUCAAUUGCUAAGUCGAUUGCAGAAAUGCUGAAGCUGAAAUUUCAGAGAGUUUCGCUGGGAGGUGUGCAUAAUGAAGCUGAAAUAAGAGGCCAUCGCAGAACCUACGUAGGCUCUAUGUGUGGCUUGAUCAUUAAUGCUUUGAGAAAGAGUGGCUCUAUGAAUCCCUUGAUACUACUAGAUGAAAUCGAUAAAGUUUUAAGCACUACUGGAAGCGGCUCAGGUUAUGGGAACAAAAUUAAUGGCGAUCCUGGUGCUGCCUUAUUGGAGGUGUUGGAUCCGGAGCAAAAUUGUACGUUCAUGGACCACUAUAUCGGAUUUCCAGUCGAUCUAUCGCAGGUUCUUUUUUUUUGCACAGCAAACGACCUCGAAGGGAUUUCCAGACCCUUGUUAGAUCGCAUGGAAGUUAUUGAGAUCCCAGGAUAUACUCCGGAGGAGAAGGUUCACAUCGGCACCAAAUUUCUGCUACCGAAGCAGAUACGUCUGAAUGGUUUGAGCGCGCAUAACAAGACAUUCAGUUUGACCAGUGAAGCAUGGGACUCCCUGAUCCAGGAAUAUACUCGAGAAUCUGGUGUACGUAGCUUAGAAAGACGACUUGCGUCCAUUGUUAGAGGUAAAAUUCUCGAGUACGUCGAGGAAGGGGGAAACGAGUCUCCAAAUGAGACCGUUUCAAGAAGAGAGCUUUUUAAAUACUUGGGAUUUCCACUGCAUCCCCUUGCCACUGAGCUUCUAAGCGAUAUCAGGAUGGCUAACAAGGAAGGCGUUGUAAAUGGCCUAUCCUACAACAGUGAUGGUACAGGAAGCGUGCUUGUUUUUGAAGUUAUACGCACCGGCACAGUCGAGCACUCUAAGGGCCCAGUUAUUAAAGCCACAGGAAACCUUGGCAGUGUCUUGCAGGAAUCCAUCGAUAUUGGACGUAGCCUGGUGAAGUCGAUGCUUCACAGGAGGCUUAUCAUUGGCGCUAAUUUGGAUGCGGUCAAAAGUUUUCUGGCCAGCGAGUACCAUCUACAUGUUCCCAUGGGUGCUGUAUCCAAGGACGGUCCCAGCGCAGGCACGGCAAUAACCUUGGCAUUAAUCUCGCUGGCUCUAGGAAAAGCAGUCGAUCCACUGUUAUGCAUGACCGGUGAAAUCACAUUAAGAGGCAAAAUAUUGCCUGUAGGUGGUGUAAAAGAGAAGUUGCUGGGGGCUCAGACGUAUGGCAUGAAGAGAGUACUGAUUCCGAUCGCGAACAGACCUGAUGUUGUUCAGGCAGUGACGAAUGAUAUCUUAGCAUUUGUCGACGACGACGGGCUACAUUUGGAACUGGAGAUGAUUAAGACUAAAUUGGGACUGUCAGUUACCUAUGUCAAUGACAUGUUCGACGUCAUCCAAUACGUGUGGCCCGACCUGUUACUAAACGCCCAUUUUCCAGCUACCGGGAAUGGUAAUCCUUGCAUUAGCAAAAUGUGA